AUGCUUGUUGGUGCAGAAAUUUUCUGGGAUGUAGUGAAGGGAGACCAGAUCAAGCUAGGAUCGAACCUACCAGUGCUCACUAACACGGAAUUCGGUUGGGUGGCUGGAGGUAUCAUUUCGACUGAUGUACCAGUGAUCGCUAAAUCUUUCUGCCAAAUUGCCGACGAAGAUUUGAGUGAACUUCUACGAAGCUUCUAUAAACUGGAAGCUUGCGAUGAGAUCCAGUACUCGAACAAAGCAGCUGAUGAUCGCUGCUUGGAACAUUUCCGUGACACCCACCAACGAGAUCAGGAAGGAAGGUAUUACGUACGGCACCCGUUCAACGACAUGAUAAACGAACUCGGUGAAUCCCGAACAAUGGCAACGAGAAGGUUUCUUUCUUUGGAGCGACGGCUGGACAGGGAACCAGAAAUCAAGCAGCAGUAUGCCUGUUUUAUGCAUGAGUACGAAGACCUCGGUCACAUGAGAGCCAUCACCGUCGACGAUAGCGAAGCGUCCAAUACCGUUUACUACAUACCUCACCACUGUGUAGUAAAACACACAACCACUAUGGCACUUCGACAGACUUCGGAAGAUCACCAGCACGAAUUUCCUCAAGCAUCGAAGGUAAUCAAGAAGAGUGCCUACAUGGACGACGUGAUUGCAGGUGCGCACAGUAUCCAGGAUGCAUGCGCACUUCAGCAGGAAUCACGAUGCAUCUAA